CAAGGACAUGCACCCACGUGCAUCCCACGAAGGGAAUGUACGCGAAGACGAUUCCACCAUCGGAAAGAAAAAGGGGUAGGCAGAAGAGCGAGACGGAACGAUUUGUUAUUAUAUAAAGAAAGAAAAGGGAGGAGGGAGCGAGAGAAGAAAAAGAUCGGCAUCGUCUCGAUUCCUCCUUCCUGUCUUUCCUUAUCUUUUAAUCUCCAACAGAGAGAAAGGGGAGGGAUGGAAUCGAAUCCCAAUGCCGGAUCUUUGGAGAACAGCGGGAAUCACACUCCCUUUAUUCGGCCGGAGAAGGUCAUCAUCGACACGGACCCCGGCAUCGAUGAUACAAUGGCUAUAAUGAUGGCAUUUCAAACACCAGAAAUUGAACUGUUAGGUUUAACUACAAUCUUUGGCAAUGUUAUUACCGAAUAUGCUACCCGCAAUGCUUUACUAUUGUGUGAGAUUUCAGGGCAUCCUGAUGUUCCGGUAGCAGAGGGCAGCCAUGAGCCUUUAAAGGGAGGAAAGCCACGUGUUGCUGACUUUAUUCAUGGAUCUGAUGGCCUUGGGAAUAUGUUUCUUCCACCACCUGUAGGGAAAAAAUCUGAGAAAAGUGCAUCUGAGUUUUUGGUUGACACAGUUUCUCAGUGUCCUGGUGAUGUAUCAAUUCUUGCAUUGGGACCGUUGACAAAUUUAGCAUUGGCCAUCAAAAGGGACUCAGCUUUUGCAAGAAAGGUGAAGAGGGUGGUUGUACUUGGUGGGGCUUUCUUUGCAUCUGGGAAUGUCAAUCCUGCUGCUGAAGCAAAUAUCUAUGGGGAUCCAGAAGCCGCUGACAUUGUGUUUACCAGUGGAGCAGAUAUUGUUGUUGUUGGCAUAAACAUCACUACUCAAGUCAAAUUUACAGAUGAAGACCUCUCUGAACUAAGAAAUUCAAAAGGAAGGUAUACGCAAUUCAUAUGUGACAUGUGCAAGUUCUACAGAGAUUGGCAUGUGAAAUCUGAUGGUGUCUAUGGGAUUUUCCUCCAUGAUCCGGUCAGUUUCACAGCGCUAGUUCGACCAGAUCUCUUUAUGUUCAGAAAAGGGGUUGUGAGGGUGGAGACACAGGGCAUCUGUGUGGGACAUACAUUGAUGGACCAAGGAUUAAAAAAGUGGAACACAAUUAACCCUUGGUCUGGCUAUUCACCAAUUUCAGUUGCAUGGACAGUUGAUGUGCCUGGAGUCAUUGCAUUUAUAAAAGAACUGCUUAUGAAACCAUGAAAACUGAAGGAACCUUAGCUACCCACCUGAUUUGUGUUACGGAUCUCAAACAUGGAGGUCUAAGCAUACCUCUAUUUAUUUGGAUUCUGUUUCUCUGUUCUUUUCAACUACAAAUGUUGGAUUUGAAAGCUUACCUCGUGUCAUUGAAUCACCAAAUACUGGUGAAAAGCAUCCUUUUCAGUGAAAUUUCAAUCUGACAGUUGUUAUAUAUUUUGUAUCAUGUAUUUGGUGAAUAUAUUAACUUCUGUUCCAUGAUUGAAUAUUAUCAUCUAUUUAACUGUUUAUGAGAGCUGCUUAAA